CUAUCCCCACCGGUAAAGCAAUGAAAAAGCCUGUGAAACACGAAAUGGUACCCCUCCGAUAGUCCUCCAUCACGGGCCAGGUUGUGACGGCGAAUUGAAACAGGCAGUCAUUAUAUAAAGCUAGCAAAAGAGACAGAGACUUAAGUGGUGUGGACGGUGGAGGCAGAGGGCUAAAGUACUUAAAUGGUGGGUAGUGUUAGUAGAGUAGCAGAUCAGAGAAGCGUCAUAUCAUAAGCUUAUGUUUUAAAUCUCUGUUUCUGCUCACAUUUUCUCUUAUUUUUUUUCAAACUUUCCCUCCACAAAAGGAAAUGGGAACUAGUUCAGUUUCCAAGUUCUUAACCCUCUUCUUGAUGGUCUUGAUUGUUGGUUCUAAGCUGAUCCACUGCACUGUGACCUAUGAUAAGAAAGCUAUUAUCAUCGAUGGACAAAGGAGAAUCCUUAUCUCUGGCUCCAUUCACUAUCCAAGAAGCACCCCUGAUAUGUGGGAAGAUCUUGUACAGAAGGCAAAAGAUGGAGGCUUGGAUGUUAUCGACACUUAUGUUUUUUGGAAUGUUCAUGAGCCUUCUCCUGGCAAUUAUAAUUUUGAAGGUAGAUUUGAUCUGGUACGGUUCAUUAAGACAGUGCAGAAAGGGGGGCUAUAUGUUCAUCUCCGCAUUGGACCUUAUGUCUGUGCAGAAUGGAAUUUUGGGGGAUUUCCUGUUUGGUUGAAGUAUGUUCCUGGUAUCAGCUUCAGAACAGACAAUGGGCCUUUCAAGGCUGCAAUGCAAGGAUUCACCCAGAAGAUUGUGCAGAUGAUGAAACAUGAAAGGUUAUUUCAAUCACAAGGAGGCCCCAUUAUUUUCUCUCAAAUUGAGAAUGAGUACGGACCAGAGAGUAGGGCUUUUGGGGCUGCUGGUCAUUCAUACAUUAAUUGGGCUGCACAAAUGGCUGUUGGAUUGAAUACUGGAGUUCCUUGGGUGAUGUGCAAGGAAGAUGAUGCCCCAGACCCGGUGAUAAAUACAUGUAAUGGUUUUUACUGUGAUGCUUUUUCUCCCAACAAACCUUACAAGCCAACGAUGUGGACUGAGGCUUGGAGUGGCUGGUUUACAGAGUUUGGCGGCGCAUUUCACCACAGACCAGUUCAAGAUUUAGCAUUUGCAGUUGCUCGAUUCAUUCAAAAGGGUGGCUCAUUUGUUAACUACUACAUGUACCAUGGAGGAACAAAUUUUGGACGCUCUGCUGGAGGUCCAUUCAUUACAACUAGUUAUGACUAUGAUGCACCAAUAGAUGAAUAUGGUUUGAUCAGGGAACCUAAAUAUGGUCAUCUAAAAGAGCUUCACAGAGCUAUUAAGCUAUGCGAGCAUGAAUUAGUCUCUUCAGAUCCCACAAUUACUUUGUUAGGAACCUAUCAGCAGGCUCAUGUAUUCUCUUCAGGGAAGAGGAGCUGUUCAGCUUUUCUUGCCAACUACCACACACAGUCUGCUGCUAGAGUGAUGUUCAAUAACAUGCACUAUGUUUUGCCUCCUUGGUCCAUUAGCAUCCUUCCUGAUUGCAGGAAUGUUGUGUUUAACACUGCCAAGGUUGGAGUUCAAACUUCGCAUGUCCAAAUGCUGCCAACUGGUUCUAGGUUUUUUUCUUGGGAGACUUAUGACGAAGAUAUUUCUUCACUAGGGGCUAGUUCAAGGAUGACAGCUCUUGGACUCAUGGAGCAGAUAAAUGUCACUAGAGACACCACUGACUAUCUGUGGUACAUCACAAGUGUCAAUAUCAAUCCAUCAGAAUCAUUUCUUCGAGGUGGACAAUGGCCUUCUCUAACUGUGGAGUCAGCAGGGCAUGCUCUUCAUGUCUUCAUCAAUGGGCAGUUUUCAGGUAUGCUUUUCAAGAUUACUUUCAUAGUAGUUACUAAUAUGAAUUUCAUUAUCUGGUUGAUGAGUGCUUUGCCUGUUACAAUUACAGGAUCAGCGUUUGGGACCAGAGAGAACAGGGAAUUCACCUUUACAGGACCAGUCAAUCUACGUGCUGGAACAAAUAGAAUUGCCCUACUCAGCAUAGCUGUCGGAUUACCUAAUGUCGGGGUGCAUUAUGAGACAUGGAAAACAGGAAUACUUGGUCCAGUUAUGCUCCAUGGCCUUAACCAGGGAAAUAAAGACUUGACAUGGCAGCAAUGGUCUUACCAGGUUGGUCUAAAAGGAGAGGCAAUGAAUUUGGUCUCUCCAAACAGAGCCUCAUCUGUUGAUUGGAUACAGGGGUCUCUAGCUACUAGGCAGCAACCUUUGAAGUGGUACAAGGCUUAUUUUGAUGCCCCCGGAGGAAAUGAGCCAUUGGCUUUGGACAUGCGCAGCAUGGGAAAGGGUCAGGUGUGGAUAAAUGGGCAGAGCAUAGGAAGAUAUUGGUUAUCUUAUGCAAAGGGUGACUGCAGUAGUUGUGGUUACUCUGGAACGUUCAGGCCUCCAAAGUGCCAACUUGGAUGUGGCCAGCCAACUCAGCGAUGGUAUCAUGUUCCAAGGUCCUGGUUAAAGCCAAAGCAAAAUUUAUUGGUAAUAUUUGAAGAACUUGGAGGUGAUGCAUCAAAGAUAUCCCUUGUUAAGAGAUCAACGACAAGUGUUUGUGCUGAUGCAUUUGAGCACCACCCAACAAUUGAGAAUUACAAUACUGAGAGCAAUGGUGAAUCAGAAAGAAAUCUUCACCAAGCCAAGGUUCACCUCCGGUGUGCACCAGGGCAGUCUAUAUCAGCUAUAAAAUUUGCGAGUUUUGGCACUCCUACUGGAACCUGUGGAAGUUUUCAGGAGGGAACUUGCCAUGCACCAAACUCACACUCGGUUGUAGAGAAGAAAUGCAUAGGAAGGGAGAGUUGUAUGGUCGCCAUAUCGAACAGUAACUUCGGUGCAGACCCAUGUCCAAGUAAGUUGAAGAACUUAUCAGUUGAAGCAGUUUGUUCAACAGUGAGUGACACUACUCAACCCAACACAAGGAGGUAACCGCUCAAGCAAAUUUUCAGAUCUAAUUAUAAUUAUUUGCUCACGUUGGCAAGCUAUGAAGGAAGAACAAUAAGGUAUGGAGCCAGAGAUCCUAAUGUCAGCUGUCAUCUCUACAUAUUCUACAACGUAUAGCUAGGUGUAUUGCAAUUUACAAUGUGUAGUUGUGGGAGUUGAUAUUCCCAUUAGCUUUCGGAUGGACAAUGUGCUUAUGCAAAGCACAUAUGUUGGCUUGGCAUGUGCCCUAAAUUCCCAUUCCAUGGCCUUUUUAUCCAGAGAUGGGCUUGGAAAAUAAUUUUUGCACAGAAAAGUAUAAAAGAUUAUUGUCUGAUAGAAUGAGAAAGAAUUGUUGAGGUGAGGAAUAUCGGUGAGUAUGGGCACUAUAAUGUCUGAUUCUUAUGCAAGAACACGGAUUAUAAAUUCGAAGUCUACAAUUUAUCUAA